AAAGUUGUUUUCUCGAACCAUCGAUCUCUUUUGGUUGACAACACACCUACCUCAACUGGCCACCAGCAUAUUUCCUUCUCAUGAACAUUUCAACCGCCAAUAUAAAAUUCACAAAUUCCUGUCUGAAGUAGGCAGUUGCCCUUUUGUUCUAGGCCUCUCUAGUUUUGACUUGCCUUUCCCUCUCUCUCCAAGUUCCCCGUAAUCUCCCCAAUUCCAUUUGCUUUACUUUCGCCGGAGAGAUCAGUAGGCUGGGCGAAAGAUUGGGUCUUUGAGCUGUAAUUUUCUGGAGGAUUGGCUGGCAUUUGUGAUAAAUUGUGUCCAGGAACAGGGAGAUGAGCUGCUUUCCGUGCUCGGGAUCGUCCGGGAAGGCCGGGGAGGAGGCGGCGGCGGCGGCGCUCUCACCGUCGCCGCGGCCUGCGGCGAAGGCGCCACCAGAUCAAUCAAAUUCGCGUAGGUCAGGCUCCAAGAAGGAAGAUUCUGUCCGCAGAGGAGGAAGCAUUGCACAUGGUCCGGCAAAGAUUUUCACUUUCAGAGAGCUGGCUGUUUCUACAAAGAAUUUCAGAAGAGAUUGUUUGUUGGGUGAAGGUGGCUUCGGUCGUGUCUAUAAAGGACACAUGGAGAAUGGACAGGUUAUUGCUGUGAAGCAACUCGAUAGAAGUGGUUUUCAAGGAAACCGUGAAUUUCUUGUGGAGGUUCUCAUGCUAAGCCUCUUGCACCAUGCUAAUCUUGUCAGAUUAAUCGGCUAUUGCGCAGAUGGUGAUCAGCGCCUCUUAGUUUAUGAGUAUAUGUUAUUGGGAUCGCUUGAAAAUCAUCUGCAUGACCGUCCGCCGAACAAGGAACCUCUUGAUUGGAAUACAAGGAUCAGGAUUGCUUUUGGUGCAGCAAAGGGUUUGGAGUACCUGCAUGAUAAGGCAAAUCCACCUGUAAUAUAUAGAGAUUUCAAACCGUCAAAUAUUCUUCUGGGUGAAGACUAUUACCCCAAGCUCUCUGACUUCGGACUUGCUAAACUUGGUCCAGUUGGAGACAAAACUCACGUAUCAACAAGAGUCAUGGGAACAUAUGGCUAUUGUGCUCCUGAAUAUGCCAUGACAGGACAGUUGACAGUAAAGUCUGAUGUUUACAGUUUUGGUGUUGUCUUCCUUGAACUCAUUUCAGGUCGGAGAGCCAUUGAUCACACCCAGCCUGAUGGGGAGGCAAAUCUUGUUGCAUGGGCUCGCCCAAUGUUCAGAGACCGAACAAGGUUCUGCCAGAUUGUCGAUCCGUUGCUGCAAGGCCGCUAUCCCCAAAGGGGUCUGUAUCAGGCUCUAGCUGUUACAGCAAUGUGUUUGCUGGAGCAUGCAGCAUCCCGACCUCUCAUAAAGGAUGUUGUCAGUGCACUUGGUUUUCUUGAUAAGCAUCCUUAUGAUCCAAAUGCACCACGCCGAAAAGAUUCUAAGACUUGCCCUUCCACCCCAAGGGCCAAAGCGCACCGACGAACAACCAGUGUUCCCGACGCACAACAUGCUGCCGAUUCACUUAAUUGGAAUGCCGUAGACUUAAGGAGGAAGAAGAUUAUUGGAGGAGGGGAAUUCGAACAGGAUCACAGUGAAGGUUGCGGCAGUGGCAGUAGCUCUGGAAGGAAUGAAUGCUUAGAUGUGCCAGCACUGCUUGCCUUGGAUAAUGGGAAACUUUUUGGUGAAGCUGACAUUACUCGCAAGUCCACUGUUAAGGUUGAUGCCCGCGAGAAACUAAGAGCAGACUCUGGUAAAUACAGGAGGCAGGUUUGACGGCGCAUUCGAACAGUGUCUUCGUGCAAUUCUUUCCAUGAUCGCAGUCAGUUUUGCCGAGUGUCUUCACUGCUGCUAUCGUUGAGGAUUGAGUACUUUUUUGUGGCUACAGACUGGCAUGCUUCUUUCGCUCAGGCCGUGCGUUUCCCGAUCCAAAUGAUAUUCUUCCAGGCGCCCAUCAAAUUCACCAUAUGAGGAAAGGAAGAUGACAUUCAACUGCUGAGAAUCUGUAUCCAAGGAUGCCUAUUUCAAUCGGUAGCAGCAGCGACAUUCAACCUAUAAAAGAUUACCCCCUUUGUGAUUAGGCCAUGUAUCCAUGUAUGUAUCCCUCAGGAUGAUAUUUUCUUUGUUUUUUUAUCUUGUUUGGUGUGAGAAUGUGUUGCAGGCUUGUAGUCUGCAUUCUAUAUGUUUGUGCAUAUAAGGGAGCUGUCAGCUGUGUCUGUAAGUAGGACCUGUUUCUUAAGAGGAUUUUCCUUUUGUCCAUACCAUGUAAAGUGACUGAUAGUAGAGAAUAUAUCAGGCAUGAUUCUGUACAGAAUAUAAAUUAAAUAAGACAGUUGAGCAGUGAA